AUGAAACUCACCACAACCACUUUGCUGGCACUAUCGAGCCUGGCAAGCGCAUUCAGACCGUUUUCGGGCCACGAUGAAAUCGCUAAAGCUGCUAGAGAAAACGUGCCCUCCCUUGGAGAACCACAAGCAGCCAUUCUUCCGAAAUCUCCCUUCAAGAAGGCCGCCUCCUCUCCCCUCCAAAACAAAGCCUCUUCAGGAGGCACUUCAGUAGCUACAUCGUCAGUGGACUGCAAACGGUUCGUCCCCAUCGAACAGGACGGUGGUGACGUGUCCUAUUACGUCAACACCCAGCUGGGCUCUUCCCAGGCAGAGUACAGAAUGGUGCUCGAUACUGGCUCAUAUUACAUGUGGGUGUACAGCGAAAAUUGCACCAGUACAGCCUGCAUGAAGCGAAACCGCUUUGGUGUUGACAACUCCACCACCAUCAAGCCCACAGACCAUACCUACUCCAUUUCCUACACCAGCGGUGACAUUGAUGGCGACAUUGUGGUGGACAACAUGACCCUGGGAGCCACCACGUCCCGCACGCAGUUUGGAACAGCCAACCAGGCUGACCCCAGCUUCGCCAGCUUUGCCAUUGACGGCAUUAUGGGCCUUUCGGCUGUCGACAAGAGCGAAUCCAACUUCCCAUCCCUCAUUUCCGUCCUCAAGGACCAGGGCCAGAUCGAUCAGCGGGUCUUUGGUGUGUCUCUGGGACGAACUGCUGACAAUACCGACGGAGCGCUUGUUCUGGGCGACUACGAUCACGCUGCUGUCGACGGAGACAUUUCCUGGGCAGAUGUGCAGUCUGGAACAGCUCUCUGGAAGGUCUCUGUAGAUGGAGCGUAUGUAGGAGGUAAUCAGGUUGAUUUCGGCGCCUCACGAAACGCCAUUGUCGACACUGGAACCACUCUGCUCGUCAUGCCCCCCGAGGACGCUAUGAAGUUCCAUGGAUACAUUCCUAACUCGCAGACUGAUGGCAAGAAUUACGCUAUCCCCUGUGAUUCGACCGUUUCCAUCGAGAUUGAGGUUGCCGGAACCAAAUGGGCCAUCUCGCCCAAGGAUUACAUUGGUUUCAAGUAUACAGACGGCUCCGGACUGUGUGCUUCCAAUGUUCAGGGUCUCAAGACUGGCAACGAUGGCCAGCAGUGGAUCCUGGGCGCUGUAUUCAUGAAGAACGUGUACACGGUCUUUGAUAUGGACAAGAAGCGAGUUGGGUUCGCCAAUAAAAAGGAGACCGAUGUGAACUCCAAGUGCAACGACUUUGUCAAGCAGUACCAGAGUGACCAUAAGGAGGCUGCCAAGGGGGCUAGCAGUAGCGAGUCAUCUAGUGCCUCGUCCACUUCCGAGUCUUCUAGUUCCACUUCCGAGUCUACUUCAGCUACCUCCACAGAAUCUGCUUCUUCGGCCGAGUCCUCUUCAGCCACUUCCACCGAAUUCUCCUCUUCUUCUGAGUCUUCUUCUGCUUCCAGCUCUGAAACCUCCUCCAAGGCUUCCAGCACUAGCUCUUCCGAGUCUAGCUCUUCUGAGAGCAGCUCCAAGGCUUCUACCACAUCUGAGUCGAGUUCCAAGUCUUCGGAAAGCUCCGCUUCUUCUCCCUCUAGCACAGAAGCCAUUCCUUCUGCCUCGGGCCUCAUCGCCAACGGUGGCUCUUACAACACUACCCUCAGCAGUAGUGUUGCUUCUGGGGGUUCGGGAAGCUCUUCUAGAGGUUCGACCGAGGCUUCUUCUACCUCAGAUGCUUCUUCGGCAUCGUCAUCUGAUGCCUCUUCCCCUGCUUCUGCAGAGUCAGCUGCUGCUUCAGCUGCUCCUACACCUUCCGCUAACAAAAAUGGCGGCGCUUCGCUGCUGGUCAGCCUUCCCCUGGCCCUCCUCCCCUUCAUCCUUCAUUGCAUGUAA